UUGACAAUGCACUGCAGCUUUCCUCUGGUCCAUAUGAGCCAAGUUUUGUUGCAAAAGAUUUGUGUUUUUAGUUUAUAGUCUGACAGCCAUUGGAAUUUUUUGCUAUCCACACAUUCUUCCAAUGCUUCUAUCUUCUUCUGCAUAACAAGUUCUUGGUUUUUGGUUAUUAAAGCAAAUAUUACAUUGAGUUUCUCUUUAGAGGCAGUAUGGGUAGUGAAGCUAAUGUGCCGCACAUAUUUUUCUUCCCUUUCAUGGCUCAUGGCCACAUGAUACCAACAGUGGACAUGGCGAAGCUAUUUGCUUCAAGAGGCUUGAAGACAACAAUUGUCACUACGCCUCUCAAUGAAUCUUUCAUCUCCAAGCCAAUCCAAAGAACUAAGAACUUGGGUCUUGAAAUCAAUAUCAAGAUUCUCAAGUUCCCCACUGUUGAAGCAGGAUUGCCAGAAGGAUGUGAAAAUCUAGACUUCAUCACUUCACAAAAUAUGGAUAUGGAGAUCGUAAAUAAAUUUCUCAAGGCGAUAGCUUUGCUUCAAGAACCUCUUGAGAAGCUUCUGAGUGCCUGUCGUCCUGAUUGCCUUGUUGCUGAUAUGUUCUUUCCUUGGGCUACUGAAGCUUCUUCCAAAUUUCGAAUUCCAAGGCUUGUGUUUCAUGGAACUAGUUUCUUUUCUUUAUGCGCUACAAUAUCCGUUGUAUUACAUGAACCACACAAGAAAGUUGCAUCAGAUUCAGAACCUUUUAUUGUGCCUAAUCUUCCAGGAGAUAUAAAGCUGUCAGGACAGCAGUUGCCAGGUUUUAUGAGAGAAGAUGGAAGUUACGUUGCCAAGUUUAUGGAAGCAUCAAUAAAAUCAGAGUUGACAAGCUUUGGUGUGCUUGCCAACAGUUUCUAUGAGCUCGAACCAACUUAUGCUGAUCAUUACAAAAAUGUUUUGGGAAGAAGAGCAUGGCAUAUAGGUCCAGUUUCACUCUGCAACAGAGACAUGGAAGAUAAAGCUCGAAGAGGAAAAGAAGCCUCCAUUGACGAACAUGAGUGUUUAAAAUGGCUAAAUUCCAAGAAACCCAAUUCAGUUGUCUACUUAUGCUUCGGAACUAUAGCCAAUUUCACUGCAUCUCAGCUAAAGGAAAUUGCAAUGGCCCUCGAGUCUUCCGGGCAGGAAUUUAUAUGGGUUGUCAGGAAAAACAAGAAUCCUGAAGAAGAUAACCAAGACUGGUUACCUGAAGGGUUUGAGGAAAGAAUUGAAGGUAAAGGACUAAUCAUAAGAGGUUGGGCACCACAAGUAAUGAUUCUUGAUCAUGAAGCAUUAGGAGGAUUUGUUACACAUUGCGGAUGGAAUUCAACGCUUGAAGGAAUAGCUGCUGGAGUGCCAAUGGUGACUUGGCCAGUAGGAGCUGAGCAAUUCUACAAUGAGAAGUUAGUGACAGAAGUACUUAAAAUUGGUGUCAGUGUUGGAGUUCAACAUUGGACAGUCUAUGGAGAUAGCAUUAAGAGAGAAUGUAUAGAGAAGGCGAUAAUUCGGAUAAUGGAAGGUGCAGAAGCUGAAGAAAUGAGAAGCAAAACAAAGAAACUUGGUAAGAUGGCAAGAGAGGCUGUUGAAGAUGGUGGAUCUUCCUUUUGUGAUUUCAAUGCUUUGAUUCAUGAACUUACAUUCAAUUACCACUGAGUAAAUUUAGGAGUGAUCAUUAUUCAGUUAUUUGAAUCGAAAUAAAUGAAAUUUGAUUUAGUUAUAAUGGUAAAUGUUAGUGCUCUUCAUUUUUCUUUA